GCAAGAAGUUUAAUAGGGAAGGAAUUUAUGGGGGAUGUAAACUGUAAUAAAAAAUUGUGGAAGUGUUUUUUUAUGAACUAAUAAUAAAGUAAUACAUUGAGUGUAUUUACGGUAUGGCUGGUUACGACGAAUUGUUACCUUUUUGGGAUUGUAUCUCGUAUUUCAAUUUCUAAUUAUUGUGAUUGUUCCUGUAUAGCUAGUUGUGAUGUCAAAACUCGAUCCACUUAAUACGUUAAGAAAUAAAUCUUGUCGUAAAAGGAAGAUAAAUAUUUAUUUUGCGUAUUUAAAUAUGAUAUGACUAUGACAUUUCAAGCCCAUGAUGGGCAUGGUGCCCGAAGUGAAGAAUUGCAUCGGCACAUUCUACGGAGCCACCUGGCUUAUCUUAACCAGGAAGAAACUCCAGCCAAGUUGGAACAACGGCGUAAUUUAGAGAGCCUUAUUUCUGAGUUCCUGUGUGUUGUCGCCCAUUCUGCAAAGUUUACUUUUGUAGAAGUUGCUAAUAUUUUGAAUCAAAGUAUAGAGAAGAACCCAAAUUUUAGUGCUUACAAAGCUGCGUCUGCAUUUGAAGCUUUAGAGAAGUAUGCCACAAAUUUAAUAAGCCAUCCAUGGAGAAAAGAAUAUAAAACAGUAAAGCUAUAUAGUGGAUUUUACAAGCAUUCAGUGGAAAGUCAGUUAAUUGGAGGUAGUUCUGUAUUUCAUCUUUUGGGCUAUCAAUUUACUGAGGAGGGUGUACUCUAUCUGGAUGAACCUGUAGAUCCUGAUAAAGUAGCUAGAGUUGCUUUAGAUUGCCUCAUUGCAACAGUUGAAUGUCAGAUCAUGGUCCAGAUAUGUGAAAAAAUAAAAUCCUUCAAAUGUUCUUGGUUUGAAAUUCACAAUAUCCGUCAUGAUUAUGUAUGUGGCAUAGAAGAGGCUGUACGUAUUUUACAUCAACUGAAGAGAAAUGCUGCUGAACAAGAAAAACAAGAAAGGUGGCUGAGAGAUCAAGAAAAUGGAUCUCUGAGAGAAGAUAAAAUUCUAAGUAAACCUGAAUCAAAUUAUCAAAAAACAGGAAUAUUGGUUGAUGUAUCCAAUACUUGGCCAAGUAAUAAUUCAUAUACAGGUUAUAAUGACAAUCCAAUGAUUUUGCAGCCAAAUGUGGUUGGAUCUUUUGCAAGUAAGCCAAAUAAAAGUUCAUUACUUACUCAUUCUAAGUUACCAUCAUGGAGUGAAGGUGUUUCUUCUCAAAUUUCUGAUUACCAAGGACGAAAUUUAAUAUCAAGAUCUGAUGAAACAGAUGGUUACAACAGUCACAGUUUUGAUGAUCAUGUACAGCCGAAUUAUAGUUUUUUAAACAAAUCUAGCAAUCCUGUGUCCAGGUAUAUAAGUUCUGAUAUAACCCCAGAUAACUGGAAAGAUUCUUGGGAUAUUUUGCAAUCAUCCUUGCAAUUGUCCAGUUACCACGGUAGACAUGAUUCAUUUAUGAACUGUGAUCACAAUAGUCAUAGAACUGGUUAUAAUAACACUGUGCCAAAUGUAAGUGAUGCAUAUAGUUCCCAUAUUGGACACUUAUAUCCAUCACAUCCUAUGUUGCCAGUUGGAGUACCUGUUUACCCAUACCCAUUACCUCAUGAUUUCUCAAUGUCCUCAAGGCAAUGUGAAUGCCGCAUGUGCUGUGAACACCAGUUAUCUAUGAUGUCAAGUAAGUAUCAGCAGUUCAAGGAUGCUAGUAGUAAUAAUUUUGAGUCUAGUUCUAGAUCUGGUCCUAAAUUAGAUUUGAAUCAUGUUGAUGAUCCCAAUGACAUUUGUUCUGCAUUUUUAAAAAUGGAUGUAGAAAAUCCUAAUCCAAGUGUGAAAUCCAGACAUUUCCCUGUAGCUACUCCUGCUUAUGCUUCAUACCAAAUAGGUGCUGAAUCAUCUAGUGAUGUAAUUCUUAGGUCUAACAUAGGAAAUAAGUCACAACAUAAUACAUGCAAAAGAGGAAGUUAUUAUGAUAAUGUGCCGUCAACUUUGGAUAAUGAUGCCAAUGGUUCAUUCUCUCUUGUUGGGCAGAGCUUAAAUCCAAAGUGUGAUUUCCAGUCAAAUGGAGUACUGGUAUGUAAUGUAGCAACACUGAAUACAAAGUCUAGAAUUCAGAAAGGAGCAGUUGGGAAUGAUUCUGGUGGAAAUAGUGUGUCUAUAAAAUCACAAACAAAGAAAAAUUAUACAAACAGUUCUACAAAUGUUUCACCAGAACAAAUGCCAGAAGUAACUUCUCCAGUUCAUUCUGAUUCUAAAAAUGUAAAAUCCCACCCACCUUUAGCACAUAAAGAUUCUAAAAGUAACAAAAAGUGGUCAUGUGCUUCAUGCACUUUCUAUAAUGCAGCAGAAAAAAGCAUAUGUGACAUGUGUGGUCGCAGUAAACACCCAGGACCAGAAGUUACACCGUUGGUCAGUGGAGGGAGGGAGUGUCCUCAGUGUACUUUAGUUAAUAAAAAAGACUCAGAAGAUUGCACAGCUUGUGGUGCCAGUUUGAAAGAUUCCCCAACUUACAUAUGAGCUUAAUCUAAAAAUAAAAAUAUACUUAAUCAUCAUAUUGCAGCUGUGAUAUCUUGUGGCAGGUUUUUAAAUAUCUACACUAAUAUUACUGUUAUUGAUUGACAUAUUGUACUGUACAUAUUGACAUCACCACUGGUUGGUGAGCAGUUCACUAAAGCUGACCUCUUUUUGGUGAGUAGCAUAAAAAUUAUGUAAAUGUUUUGUGAUUAUUUCUUUGACAGUAAAUUUAUCACUAUUGUAACAGACAUAAUGCUAAUACAAAAUGCAUAUUAAAAAUUCAUGCUUUAUUUUUGGUGACUUACUUUCUUUUAGAAUAGCAGCCAGUGAAUUUUUGAUUCAAUUCAUUUUGCUGCAAUUUACUUAGAAAUACAUACAAGUUUAAAAUUUACCUCUUUCACUAUUUGUUGUUAAUCUCAAAAUCAUUUAUUUUAUGUUACUAGAUUUAAAUGGAAAAAACAAAUUGUUUGUGGAAAUGUUUUCUGUAGUUUUAAUUUCUGCAGUAGUUUUCAAAACCCUUUAAACUAAGUAAGUUUAAUUAACCCUUUAAAAUAGGUUUGUAUUUUUAAAGUUUGAUUUAAAAUGUUAGAAAACUUAAAACGGGGAUUCUCAGCUGGUGGGGGAGGAGAAUCUCAUGGUUUCAGGAGGGGAAUGUAUUCAGCCUUUUAUUUAACUGUUAAAUAGUUAUUUUGAGUUUAUGAAUAUAAAAAAUUACUUUAAAUUUUAGUAUUUACCAACAUUUUCUAUACUUUUUGUUUAAUUUAUAAAAUAUGUUAAAAAAAUGUAAAUAAAUGUAUAUAUGUAUUUUCCAAGUUUUGGAAAGGAGGGGGGGGGAAUGAUUAAGCAAUGAAGAAAGGGGUGCAUGAAGCAAAAAAGGUUGAGAACCACUGAAUUAAAACAAAUAAUGGUAUACAAUGGACAAAAAACUUAUUUCAAACAUCUGUUUAUCAUUGCAAUUCCCUGUCCCUUUUUAUUUUCUGUGAUUAACUUCUAUUCAUUUUAAAUAAUUUACUUUUAUGUAGCAUUUGCUAUUAUAUAUAUAUAUAUAUAUAUAUACUCCGUUUGUGCAAAGCUAAACUUUAUAGUUUUAAUAUCAAAGUACUGCAUUUUUUAGCACUAUUCUUAAACAUUUGUUUUGCAUACUAUUUGAAAUGUUCAGAAACUCAAGUAUUUCAACUUUUUUGGACAUUAUUUAUGUGUAGAAUUAAUUACUUUUGUAGUCAGUACAAGAUGUUUAUUAAAAUAUAUUUUUAAUUCUAUGCCGUACUGUAUAAAACUAUAUAUGCAGAAAGUUUUUUUAUUCUUACAUCAUUUUCUCUAACUUACAAAUUGAUUAUAACAAAAUUAUUAAAAUAUAUAUAGGUUGGGGCCAAAGUCAUGGCACCUAUUUUUUUUAAUUGAAGAUACCAGUCCGGUUGGAAAAUGUGACAUAUACAGACGAAAGGACAAGGUCUUAACUACAUGUGUGGACAAUGAAUAGCACUGAAAUAUCUUAACUCAUGAAUUUAUUACGGUAGUCACCACACGCUGUCAACGACGUGGGAGGCGCUGAUUACCAUCAGCCUCAGCAUUUGCCGCACCAUGUGUGAAUCGGGUCACCGGUUGGCGCACAGCAUUAGCAAUGCCCUCUCAUAUUGCAAACUGCCUACCACAUAUUGGUUCUUUAAUCUUUGGGAAUGAGAUCAAAGUCACAGGGUGAAAGGUCAGGAGAGUACGGUGGGUGCUCCAAUUCUUUCCAUCCCCAACGUCGGAGUAGCUGCCAUACACACACUGCUUUAUGUGGUCUUGCAUUGUCGUGCAGAAUUAUUACAUUGUCCACAAGAUCCAAACAUUUAUCCCGAAUGCCACGUCGUACCUGUCGCACCAGGAAGUCCUUGUAGUACUGUGUGGUCACUGUUCUGCCAUGAGAAACAAAGUGGCAAACAAUGACCUCCCUGACGUCAUACGCGUCGAUCACCAUCAAUUUGACUGGGAAAGGAUUCUGACGGACCUUCUGCUACCACUCCAUGGACUGAUGUUUCAGUUCUGGUUCAUCUGCCUUGGCCCAAAAUUCAUCGAUGGCGAUUAUUCGUGACAGGAAUUGAUUGCCAUCCUGUUGCCAGCGUGCAAAGUGGUCGGAGCAUAUUGCAUAGCACACCCGCCUUUGAACUUCUGUCAGUGCAUGCGAUACCCAAUACGAAGCAAUUUUGCAUAGCUGUAGCUCAUUACGUAAUAUCCUGUGGACGGUGCGUUUCUCAAUGCUACUUGCCCUCUCUAACUCCAGUAACGUCUAUCGUCUUUCUUCAUCCAUGAGGUGCUCGAUGACGGCACGUGCCAAGUCGGUUUGCACACUCACCACUCGUCCCGAACAUUGCUCAUCACUGUUGACACACAUCCUUGCUGAAACUUUCCUACCCACCGUGCUACUGUACGAUGUGGUAGGGCAUUACUCCCAAGGGCUUCUACUAAUUCACUGUGACAUUCUAUCACAUUUCUCCUUCGGAGAACGGCUAUUGUGAUGUAAGUGCUCUGCUCAACACGGGUUACUUUCAUCUCGCGCGACACUCACCAACUGACUGAUUUAAGAGCCCUCGUUACCACAAAGCCAGCUAUCACAGAGCCAUCUGUUGUUCUGCAUACACACUAUACCUGCAGAACUUCCAUAAGACACAUAUACGUUUUAUGAUAGGUUCACAUAUCUACAAGAAAAAAAUAGUUGCCAUGACUUUUGCCCCGACCCUCGUAUAUAUUUUUGAUUUGUUUGUCUUUUUUCCUCCUUCUUUCUUUGAUGAAUUUACUUCUAUUGUUGUCAUAAAAUUUUUUGUUGCCCUCAACAGUUUCAAGGUAUUUCUAUGGAACAACUGUAUUCAGUAGUAUUUUGUAGCAAAAGUCAUACUAUUUGGUCACUGUAUUACACCUUCUUACAGAAAAAUUCUUUAACAUUAUUGCUCACAGUUUAACUGAACACUAUCAGGCUACUCAGAAGAAUGUAUUUAAAUUCAGGAAUUUUGUGAUGAGAAUAUGUAUGUAUAUAUGUAAUUUAUAUUCAAAAUCAAAUAUUUAAAGUUUUCUGUAGCCUGUUAUCAUUUCUCAAAACUGUAAAUGUGAUAAGGAUAUAUUAACAUUUACAGUGAUGCAGGGCCACAUAUAUUAUGUGGUAGUAUGUUUCAGAUAUGUACUAAUGUACAUUUUGAAACUAAAUAUCAGUUUAUUUUUUAAAGGCACAAGAUCUUUUUGUACUUUCUGAUUAUCUGCACCUUUCAAUUUCAACAUAUGGUAAAACUCUUUUGUGUUUUCGGCAUAUUUUUGAAUAUAUGUGCAACUUGUAUACAUGCAUAUCACACGUUUGGGUGCUCAUUAAUUUAUAUGCUGCAUAUUUAACUGUCAUUUUGCUGAAUAUUGUCUACAAAAGUGUAAAUAUUAGUUAUUUUUUUCCUAAAAUUUCGUGCUCUUAUCAUUAUUUAUAAAAAAAAAAAAAUGAUACCUAGAAGCUGUAAAAUUAGCCAAACAAACAAUUUUUGGCAUUUAGCAAAAUCUUCUAUUUUUUGUGAGGGAUAUAUAAUCAGAAAGUACACUUAAAAAAAAAAAAAAAAUACUGUGCUGCAAUAUAAAAUUUAAUCCAAUGAACAAAUUAGUUUAUUUGCCUAUUUGGAAUACAAUUUCUUAUUUCAGCAUGGAUAUUUCAAAAAUAUUUUUAAUACAAGGUUUUUAAAAAAAUCUUUAUUUUUUAAUUGCAAUUAUUUAUUUAUGCUGCACACAAAUAAGUUAAAAUUUAGCAUUCAAAUAAACUUCUGCUUGAUUUAAAUGUGCUCUGGAUGCUGAGUAAUUUUUUAUAAGGGAUAUGCAGAAAGGUUUGUGUACUAGUUCCGAAAUAAUAGUAGCCAAGGUUGAAAAAUAUUAUCUGUUAACUAUCAUUUUUCAAGUUCUGUACUACAGAAAAUGAUGAAAUAUGGUCAUGAUUUUGAUGAAAUAUGGAAAUAUGGUAUCAUCAGACUGAAAAAUCCAAAAGUUUGGUUAUAGAGUAAUUGAUAAGAAGCGUCUGCUAAAUUUAUUGUGUUUCUUACAGCAGACGCUUGUUAUGUAUGCACAUUAGUUGUUUAUGCUGCUGAAGUAUUGAAUGGGUUAACUCAAAAUUAUAGCUUUCAAAAAUGACACUUUUAGCAAGUUAAAUAUAGUACAGCUUUUAAAGCUAGUUGUAUUAUUCAUGUGAUUUUAAGUUUUAAAAUUAUGGGAAUUUUAAAAAUAUUAUACUUAAAUGUUUGCAUUUAUUAUUUAAAUGAGUGACAUAUUAGGUUAAUAUUUGGAAUUUUUGUAAGGCUUUGCCAAAAGCAUUUACUGUGAUAUUUAAAUAUAUAUAUUGUUUACAUAAUUUGAUUUUAUGCUGCCACAAGAUGUUCACAGCUGUGACUAUCCUGCAGAUGGGAUUGUUUUAUUCUAGAGUUUGCAUGACUUGCACUGCAUUUUGUUGCUUAUUUUAGUUUGUUACUCUAGUGUGUAAGAUGUUUGCAAAGACAUACAUAAAAAUUUUAGAAAAUAUUUAUUGUAGAAAUUUAUGAAUAUAUUUGCUGUUGUCAUUUGUCCUGAAGGUAAUGAAUUUUUAUAGAUUUGAAGGAAUGUCUGAUUAUGUUUUUCUUUUAGACAUGUGUUAUAUUGAAUGUUUGAUUAUUAAAAAAAAGUGGAAACUUAUGUAUUAUUUAUUCACCACUUUAUAAAAAUAAUUUGGGUUUCAGUUUUUUUUCUGCCACUUUCAGUCAAGUUUUAGAUUAAAUUGGGGGGGGACACCAAGUAAAUAAAUAAAAGAUUUUAUCACACAUGAUGUUAGAAACAUUUUUGAAUUGUUGAAAAUGUGCUGCAAAUAUUUAUUAAAAUUUUCAGUUUUAUAGAUUAUAAUUUUUAUCAAUUAUAUAUUAAAAAUCAAAGAUGUAUUAUUAAAAAGUAUAAAUUGUUGUUGAAUAAGUCAAAGCAGUUAUAAUUUGAAAUACAAUGAUCUUACAAAAUGUUGAAUGGCAGCCAUAUGAGAAUGGUUACUUGCGAGAUUGCAUGGAAAUAAAGGUCUUGCAUCUAGCGAAGGAGGUUGCAUGAAUGAUAAAUACCAUUUUUUCGCCUAAAAUUUGUAAAUUCUCUGCAGUAGACAUUUUGAAUAUUAAAAUGACUGACUGAUUAUAAUAUUCAAUAUUAUUAAGUUUAUUAAAAGUGUACAAAAUAACAGUUCAAAACUAUGAAACACGUAUACCAUUAUAUAAAUAUUAAUACUGCAUCUGUAUAGUAGGCCUUCUGAUAACAUUUAUAUUUAGUUUGACGGUAUGGUAAUUUAAUUUGUGUAUUAGUCCACUUUAAUUAUGUUGCAUUAUGAAAAACUAUUCAUUGAUUUUAUAUGCAUAGGAAAAUUAUUAGUUUCAGACUGUAUGUCAUCUGAACAAAGAAUGCAUAUUAAUUUUGGUUAUGUUCUCAUUUUAAAGAAAAUAGUGUAAAGAAAUUCUUUUUGUAAAAAAUCAAUGUAUAUUAAUAAUUAUGUAUGCAUACACUAUUUUUGUAUAAAGAAUUAGCUUAUUCACAUACUUUUAAUCUCUAAAAGAAAUUUAUGACUUUUGUUUGCAUAAUUUCAAAUGCAGUUCUGUAUUUUUACUAAUGUUUUAAAGUGUUUAAUGAAUAUAUUAAACUUUUAUGUAAUACAUGGCUUAACUAAAACAUUUUGUGACAUAGAAAAUAAGCUACCAAAUUUUAAUCUAAUAAUUUUUAUAUAACUUAUAAGAAGAAAAAAAAUAGUUGAAGCGCAUAAAACUUAAAACAUUUAAGCUAAAUAUAACCAUAUUCAAGAAAAUUUAAUACUGGUUAAUGUAACUUAGACCAUUUCGUUUCUCCCUUGUACUCUUUUGUUGAAUAAGACAUCUAUUUAUAUUUAAUUUUUAUAAUUGUUGCUAUAGUGAUAGAAACAAAAAAGUGUGAAAAGUUUUUAUCAACUAUAUUAUUAAACAUUCUAGUGAAUAAUCAUCAAUAUGAAGCUUAUAUUUUUGUAUUGGUAUUUUUAGACUAAUUUAAUGAUCAUUUACAUAUGCAGAAUUUCAUAAAAUACUGAGAUUUUUGUGCUACAGAAGAGAUUAUGCUAUGUAUACUGAAAAUUUCCUUUCUAUUAAUCAAUUUAUAUAUGCUUUGUAACAUUAACAACUAUUUUCAUAACCUGAUUUUUUAAAUAUAGUUAUUUGUGUUAAAAAUAAUUUUAUUUUCUCUUAAAGCUCUCAUAAUUAUUACAUAAAAAAGUAUUCUAAAUGUGCUUUAAUUUUUUUAAAUUUUUGUAUUAAUAGCAAAUUUAAUUCAUUUCAGAUGGUUUUUAUAGAAAAGCAAAUUAAAUAUUUUUAAAAGUGUUAAUUAUGAUUCCUGUAUUGUUUUGCAGAUCUUCAGAUUAAAAUGAAAUUGUUUUGAAAUUAUGCAGAUUAAAGAUAAUUAAUUCUAAAAAGUUUUAUCUAAAUCAGUUAUUUUUAGUUGCACGAUUAUAUUUCUUAUGUCUUCUUAAUCUGUCUGUAGUACACACUUGUAUCCACGUGGACACUCUUGCUCUAUACAGGAUUAAAAAUUUUGAAAGAUACUGAGAUUUAUCACUUACAUGCAUAUAGUUUUUUCUUAGAUGUUAGUAGUGGAUUCGCAAUAAAUAUGCCAGGUAAAUAAAUUUAUAUAUAAAUAGCCAUUUAAGUGAUAUAAAGAUAUAAAAGGCGGUUAAUACAGAAUUUUGCAAAUUUUUCAAGACCAAUAACAUGUUGGGAAGGUUAAAUUUUGAUGUUAUUUGCAAUAUGUGUAACAUAAAAAGCAAAAUAAAGAUAUUUAAUACUAAAAUCAGUUAUUCUUGUUUUCAAAUUCAAUUUUAAUUUUUGUAAAUUUUUAUAACCAAUUUUAACAUUUCUGAAUUGAUUCUUAUCUUCGUUAUAUUUUUUAAUAUUAUUGUUAUUAUUCUUUCUUAUAUUCAUUAUAGGAGAAAACAAGAAAAUUCUCAUACAGCCAGCUUGUUUCAUCAAUAAUUGAAUUUUUGAUGAAACUAUUUAUAUUCAAUGUUCUUAUAUAAUUUACUACUGGGCAAAAAUAAAAGUUGGUGGACCAUGUAAAAUAUGCAUUGCGUGUGCACUUAUUAAUUUGUUAUGGUGAGUAGUUUGUUGGUGGACUAGAACCAAUUUGGAAACUAGAGAAGAUACAUUAACAAAAUUGGGUAUUGUAGCUGGAUAUAUGACAAAAGUAUUCAGUUUAUUAUAGUUUAGCAUUGGAAAGAAAAUAUAACAUGAAACUUUUAAAAUUUUUAAUUAAUAAAAAUAAGAUCUUUUUAUCAUAAUUUCAGCUUAACAUCCAAAUAAUUACAGAAAAUUUUUGAAUUAUUGGCUAGGUGGGUUAUUUGAAAAUGGCAAAGCACAAGUGGUCUGUCUGCAAAGGAGAGGUAUGCCUUUGUGAAGAACUUUAUUGGAAAAAUGCAUUGUAUACACAUUACACAUGGGAAAGCAUGCAGCUAACCCGUUUGUGUGGGAUCUAAUUAUCAGUAUUCAACAGUCUUAACCACUUGGCCACCGAUGGGGCUUUGGUUAUUGACAACUAUGAUAAUAUUGCAAAUAAAUUUUGGUAUCUAAAAUUUUAUGUAUAAUAUGAACAUAUAUUGCAUCUGAACUGAAAUGGAAAAUUGAAAUUUCUCUUCGUUAAAAAUCCUUGCUUGUCUGUAUCCAGAAUUAGCUGAUGAACCAUUUCAAUGUAUUUUAAUUAUAAUAGUUCACCCGAAAAUUAUGGCCUCUACCCAAAGCAAGGAAAAGUAAAUUCAAAUCAAAAUCUUGAAUAAAGAGAAUUCUGUUCAAAGAAUUGAAAAUUUAAGUGAAAAAUUCAAAUCAAAAUUUUACUUUUAAACUAAGAGCAUUAAAUCCAAAGAAUUUAAAAUGUAAGUGAAAUUAUGAAACCUUAGUAAAAAGACUUAUUUCAAUUACUAUAUAUAUCUCGCAUAUUCAGAAGAAUUAAGAUUAUCUAGAAUAUUGCUGAAGUUCUGAGCAAGAGUGUAUACAUAAGCAUUUAUAAACAAUGCUUGAUUCACCCAGAGCUUUAAAGAAAAACUUGUAAUUAUUCAAAUAUUCAUUAAACUAGUUUGAGACUAAUUAAACUUCAGUAAUACUGCUGAUACUUGUCUGUUUUUAGUUAAGUUUUUCUUAUCCCUUUUUCUGCUGAAAAUUGAGUAUGCAUAAUAAGAGAAAGAACGUUAUUAUUAUUAAUAGCAAUUUGUUGCAGCAUUCAAUAAAUUUCACAUCUUGUGAAAUAUAGUCUUCCAUGGUACAUCAGAUUUGAAUUUCAUUUUUUUGUUGUGUGAAUACUAAUUUCACAUGUAUUCAUAUUAAUGUGUCUUGAUUAAUCUGUUUUGAUAAGUUUAAUUCCCUCUUCCAGAAUCAUACCUUCAAAAAUUUUGAAGAUGUACUUUUUUUAUAAAAAUCUAUAGAAUUUUUGUGGCUACGUGUUUGCUGUGAUUGUUUUCUAUAUUUAAUAUAUGUGGGUAACUUGAAUUCUCACAUGUACACAUCCUAACACUAGGUGUAUACUGUAUUAUGAAAAUAGUAUAAUUACUGCAGUUCAUAAAUUUGUCACAUUUUGGUUGGUAAAACAUGAAACAAAACCCAAGCUGGAAGAAAUAAAACAUUAUAUGUCA